CUCCCAAAUCCCAAUCCAAAAUGGCCGAAUUCAGUUCACCAGGAACGCCGAGCGGACGGCACGAAAAAUCGUUAGGUUUGCUAACGACAAAAUUUGUAAAUCUUUUACAAGAAGCUAAGGAUGGUGUCCUUGAUUUAAAAAUGGUUUGUUUUAUUUAAGCGUUUGUUUGUUUCCAGUAAAUCUUUUCCUUAGACUUCAGUCGCGUUGUCAGUUUGCUAAAUUCGAAUAUAUUUUGUUUGGAACUUUUCAUAGGCGGCUGAUACAUUGGCAGUGCGUCAGAAGAGACGGAUUUACGAUAUUACAAAUGUUUUAGAGGGAAUCGGGCUGAUUGAAAAGAAAUCCAAGAAUAGCAUUCAGUGGAAGUGAGUUGAAAAUAAUAUAUAAGACAGUUGGAAUAUUUUUUUGUAAACAUUUGAUAAACAAGCAAAAUUCAUCAAUUGGGCCCCAGGGGGAUGGUGGGGGAAUCAAUGGAGGUUUUGUGGCCUAAUCUAGUCCUUAACAAUUGUUAAAAGAAUGCUGACAGGUUGAUUUUAUUUUCAUUGUUGACAUGCCAGAUUGCAGAGAUGAGCUGUUUUAGACAAGGUCUUGGGGGCACGAAAGCUGUAAAUCUAGGGACAGGGUUGCAAAACAGUUUUUGAGGGUACAUCAAGAUGUAGUCAAGGGCACAAAAGUGACCAAAUAGCUAUUUAAUAAUAACUGUUAUAUUUAGAGAUUUGGGGGCAGGUUAGAGUCUGCUCAGAAUUGUUUAUAGGAAGUGUUUUUAAGGUAUGUUUACACACUGCAAUUUGUCAUGUACGAUGUGUAUUCUAGCAUAUGUAAUCGAAUAAGCAUAAAAUAGUCACAUUUCAAAUUUCGCUGUAAACUAAACAAAGAGGAAUUGUGACAUCAGCACUAAUUUUCAUAUGCCAGAAUAUCAAUCAUACACGAAAAAAUCACAUUGUGUAAAUAUGCCUCUAGGCCCAGGGGCACUUACAUUCUCCCUGAAAAAAAUAUUUUGUUACCCAGCCCUCUCACCUAUGCCAUCACAGACUAGUCAAUAUGUUUUACACAAAAAAAGUUAGUUCUCUUUCCUGCCGAAUUGUUUUGUAAUCAUGGGCUAUUUUCAACACCAAUAAGGAAAAAUGUUGAAAUUGCAGUGCAUAAUCUGAAUGUCAAUAGCCCUGAGAAAGUAAUGGAAUUUCACCAAUUGAAAGCAAUGUUGAAAUUUCAGUUUUGCCCUUGUUCAUUUUAAUAGUUCAAAGCAACAAGGCGAUUAUAAAAUUGACUUCUUCCUUUCCUAAAAGGAAGGACAAGUCUGAAUAAAGGCCCAUUUAAUAAAUUCAACUAGCUGCACAUGAUUAUAAUUCUGGAGUGGGCUAUACAAAGGCCAGAUAGCUCUAUCCACCGGAUAAUGAUUUUUUCAACCAUUUUAAUGCUGCUCAAAACAGGCCUUAAAAUAUCUUUUACAGGGCCAUCUGACAAAAUGUCCGAUGACGUUGAGUUUGGGUCGGACAUAUGUCCGAUGAUCUUCAGUUUAGUUUUGACUCGGAAAUAAGUGUGAAUGACACAAAUGAAUAUCAGCACAAUGUAUUAAUUCUGAACGGUAAAUGUUGUGAAGAUAUUAAACAAUUUGUGUCAUUCAUACUUAUUUCCAAGCCAAAAUUAACUUGCUUGCAAGAACAGCAGUUUUUCACUUCCAGGGUUUUUUUCAGGGAUUUUUUAAACUCAAUCUUGAAUUGAGUUUUGAAACUCAAUCUUCUCACCAAAGUUUUAGUGCAGUAAAAAUGAAGUUGUUUGAGUUAAAUUUCGUGACGUGUGGAAAUUAGUUUUCAGUUGGAAGCCCGACAAUCAAGACAAAAUGGCUGGAAUUCAUCUUACAACACAAGAAAAACCAUGCAUUCGCCAUCUUUAACCACUCAAUUUAUAGUGUCCCUUAGUGCCCCUGCUUUAACACAUUCCGUCUCAACUACAUUUAUUGAGUACAGGUGUCAGCCCCCCGGUAGGUGCAGCCACCCCAGCUGUUCAGCUAAACUCAAUCUUCUCUGCAAAAACGGACCCAAGAGAAAAUCCGGAAAAAAACCCUGACUUCACCAUUUCGCUCGCACGUCACUGCCACACGCUUGAUUAGCUAUGUUAAAACCACAUUUCCAGUUCACUUUUUAUACAAUACUCAAUAGUUCUCUGAUUUUCCAUACGAGCCUUACUGCUGAUUGAUUUACGUUGGACAAAGCUACAGUUCGGUCGGACACCAAUACACUCGGGUUGGACAAACAGUAAACCCCAGUUUCACUUAGGUCAGACAGAAUGUCCGGUGGCUUCCUCUCUACGUCAGACAAUUUCACGAAUGGGUCGGACAAUGUCCGUGACCGACCAAUAUUUUAAGGCCUGGCUCAAAAGCUAUAAAAGUACCAAUAUGGAUCUUAUAAUUUAUAAACACUAAAGUUUAAUCUGGUAAAGUAAAAUACCAAUCAACAUACAAUUUUGGAAAGCUUUAGAAAGAUCACUAUCUGGUGAGUAGACUAGUAUGAGUUACUAGUACUUUUAUGUAGUAGUUUAAUGUACAAUUUUAACCCAUUAAGCUGCAGAGCUUCCCCAUUGACGAGUAAAAUCACCUGACGUUAGAUAAGUAAAAAGAAGUACGGCACACUGGGGCGCAUUGCGGCUCAAUGGGUAAACCAGAGACAUUGUCAGAUUUUUUGGUUAACCCAUUAAGCUGCAGAGCUUCCCCAUUGACGAGUAAAAUUGUCUGGCGUUAGACAAGUAAAAAUAAAGUAUGUGCACUGGAGCACAUUGCAGCUCGAUGGGUUAACUUGUUAUUUGUAAUACGUAGUCAAGAUUAGCCCAGUGUAAGAUUAGCUCUACUAAACUGGUUUCUAUUGAGUAUUGUAGUAUUGUACCUUCUUUAAAUAAAGUUUAUUAUUAUUAAUAGCACUAUCUGAUUUUUGCACAACCAGCCUCUGGCAUAUGAAAAUGACUGUUGAUGCCAUGCAUCAGUUUAUGACAAAAUUUGAAAUCUGUGUCUAACGCCAGACAAUUUUACUCGUCAAGGGGAGAGCGCUGGUGCGUAAUGGGUUAACUGGCCUAUCUGCCCAUGUGUCUAGUUAACCCAUUGAGUCGUAUUGCACCCUGAUGCACCCUACUUUAGUAUUUUACUCUGUCGAACGCCAGACAAUUUUACUCGUCAAGGGGAGAGCGCUGGUGCGUAAUGGGUUAACUGGCCUAUCUGCCCAUGUGUCUAGUUAACCCAUUGAGUCGUAUUGCACCCUGAUGCACCCUACUUUAGUAUUUUACUCUGUCGAACGCCAGACGAUUUUACUCGUCAAGGGGAGAACGCUGACGCUUAAUGGGUUAAUAUAAGAAUUGUGUACAUGACUAAUUGUAUCAUUAGAUGGGCCUAAACAAAUUCUGAACAGAAAAAUCAUGAAUAUCAAUGUGGAUAAAAAAGUCUAAAUGUCCAUAUUAUUUCUCUACAGAGGUGCAGGUCCUGGCUGUAACACUCGAGAGAUUUCAGAUCGUCUUGUUGUUUUAAAAAGUGAACUAGAAGCUCUUGAUGAAAAGGAGAGAAUUUUAGACGAACAUAAGUCAUGGAUUCAACAAAGUUUAAAGAUCGUUUCCGAAGAUUUCGAUAACGAGAAACUAGCGUUUGUUACGUACGAGGAUCUUUGUCAAUGUUUCCGUGACGACACGUUACUGGCAAUUCAAGCGCCUGCCGGAACAGAGUUAGAAGUUCCUAUACCAGAAAAGGUAAAAUUAUAUUAAUGAAGAUGUGGUCAUAAUAUGGGGGUGUAACCACAAGAAAAAGGAACUCCCCAGAAAAAUUUUGCACGCUAUCAUGACAUUUUUGACAUUUGUGAAAUGGUGCACUCCCAUUAUUAACUAUUUCUUAUUGAAAUUUUCAUGAUGAUAUUUUGGCAGGGUGUACCCCUCUUCCCACCCUCCCCUACAAAGAAAAGUCAGCACACUCACCAUGUCCCCAGAAAUAUCUCUGAAACUCUCACUUCAUUCCUCAGAAAAUUUGUUAGCCAAGAUUAUAUUCAGAUAACUAAACCACUGCAAAUAUUGAAGCAAAAUGUCCAAUGACAUGACAUGGUCUUAGAUUUAAGAUCACAAAACACGGAUAUCGAAGGAACUAGACUGAGUUCUGAAAUAUCACCCACUCUGACUUGACCUCGUAGCUCACUUGGUAGAGCAUUGGAUUAGCAAACCAAAGGUUUCUGGUUCAAUUCCCACCAUGGUCAAGCAAUUGCUCAUCUUUCCUGGUGUGGAGCAAUCCAGAGCAGCAUCCUCUUAAAUAACUGAUACAGGACGCGAAAUAACAGCUGAAUGGUCGUCGAAUUUCUCGCCGGUCAAAUUAUUCAGCUUAAAGCAAAGCCUGGUAAAGUAUACUUAAACCUAAAAAUGUGACUAUAUUUUCCCAGUAUAGCAUUACAAAAAGCCUUACUGUAGUCAGUAAUUAAAAACUCCUUCGCAUAAAACAGCUUGCACUGCGCUAAAAGCAUGCAUGGCCUUAACUCUUAAGCCAAAAGCAUGGCCAUGCGCUUUGUGACGUACGGCGUGGGAAAGCUGGCGUACAUUCUUUUCCUGCAAAACAUUCGACAACAUGUUAUGGUUCUUAAUUAUAAUACUUGACAACUUUAUUUUAAUGAUUAAUUCAAAUUAAGUUUAGUUUGUUCUUUUACCGAAAUGACCACCAAGGUAAGAAUUUGACCGGACAACUCCGCAUUCUGGCCGGACAUUGUCCGUUGACCGGCCGUUAUUUCGCGCCCUGUUAUAGGUGUUAAAUCACACCAGAAUCAUUAGAUUUAACAUCACUAUUAUCAUCACUAACAUCUCACUUGCAUCUUGUCUCUACAGAAACAAGGUAUUGAUAGAAGAUACCAAAUUCAUUUAAAAAGCCACACUGGUGAAAUUAACGUCCUCCUCGUCAACAAAGAUCCAACGAACAAUAGGCCGGUGGUGACGCCCGUCCCCCCACCUAUGCCCGUCUCAUCCACGCCACACAAUACGACUUUACUGAAGGAAAGCCAGCAGAUACCACUUGUAACAGAAAAAAUCACUAUGGUGGCUGAAAAACCUUUGGAAUUGGAAAAAAGUAUUAAAAAUAUUCCUAUGGAAACAAGCAGUACAGGUUGGCAUAAUUAUUUUGUUUUUCAUUUUUGGUCAAGACGUGAUUGUUGAAAAAUUGAUUAUCUAGAUAAAAGUGUAACUCUCGCUCGCGUUUCAUCGCAAACUCUCAUCGAAUCUCAUGCGCUCUUAUCAACUUUGAACCGGUUCAAUUUUUAAUGUUUUUAAUGAGAGUUGAUGAGGGUUUUUGCUGCGCGCGGUGAUAUCUUCUAGUCACCUCACAUGAAACUCUUGUUCUUGUUUGAAGCACAAGAGUUGAGAAAACGCUCAUGCAAACUCUCGCUUGUCAACUCUCAUCAACUCUUAUUCUUGCUUGAUAAGGGCUUCAUUAAAAGGCGAAGAAGCAGGACGGUGUUCAGGGCUUUUUACGGCCGUUAAAUGGCCCCAAAAAUUCAAUCUUGAAUUAAGUUUUGAACUCGAUGGUCUCAUCAAAAGUUUUAGUACAUACACCCGCAAUUUGUUUCACAACACAAAUUCAAAGCAAUUUUUAGCUCUUCUAAUGCCAUGUAAAAGCGGAAUUGUGAAACCUCCGCUGUCUUUGCCCUCCCCAAAAUCGUGGUCUUCCCGACUUCCCACUGACAAUCCCUCGAGUGCUAUAAUUUUUAUGUCAAACCUACUGAAUUAUCCCCAAUAUCCUCUGUUCUCCAUUAAUUGAAGUAUAUUACUUAGAAAACGAACUGAAACAAGUUGCAAAUGAAAUCAUAUUCUCCAACGACAUAAAACAUGGUAAGUUGAUACUGUACAACAUGAGAGGAAUUCAACUACCUGAAAAUGCAAGAAAAACAUCGACGUUUCGAGCGAACUUCCCGACGAAAGGCCCUUCGAUCGAAACGUCGAAGUUUUGCUCGUAUUUUUCAAGUCGUUGAAUCCCUAUCAAUCCGAAGCUUUCUAAAAUUCUACUCGCAUUUUGCGAGUUUGCGAGCGUUAAGUAACUUAAGUUCGAGGCUUGAUAAAUUGCACCGUCAUUAUCAUUGUUAGAACCACUGGACGUAUCCAUGAUUGAAGAGCUAGAAGAUCUUGUCUCAGGAGGUAAGGGAAAAAACCAGCUAACUUAUGACCGUUGCCAUCCAGGCCACUCACUUAUACAUAAUUUAUAUAAUUAUUUGGUUACCUUUGUUAUACGCUGUUGUUAUAUAUUUGUUAUCUUUGUUGUAUUUGGUUAUCUGCGCCAGGAGGUUAUCUUUUCAUCCUUUUUCUGUGUGUCCAAGCCUGAAAAUAAGCAGCCUGUCACGGACAUUGUCCGGUACGAAAAGGUAAUGGUCCGGCAUGACUGUUUUUGUGCUGGACAGUUUGUCAUUAAAAAUUUUUUUUAUUUAUAAUAUUUCAACAUUUUUCACAUUUAAAAAUUAUGUGAAUGUAUAUGCCUGUGAAAAUGCUGUGAAAUUUAUGAUUUUUCGAUUGCGUUGAUAUAAUUGACUGGCGGCUUAAUUGUUGUUACUAUAAGAUUUUCGUUGGCUUCUUUUAUUUCAAGGACCACGAAAAACUAUAUUUGCUCUAUUGCGUUAACAUUUUUUGUCAGGCACAAAAUGUCCAGUGUCAGGCACCAAUCAGUUGGUACCUGACACUUUGUCAGGCACAGUUGGAAAUUUAUUUUCAGGCUUGUUUGUGUCUGUCUGUCAGCACGGUAACUCAAAAAAUAUCAAACGUUUCUAUACGAACAUUUGUUGCACUAAUGGACAUUUCCCAAGGACAAAUUGACUGGAUGAAAAUUGCAUGAGAAAUUACCUGAUGCUACCGCGGGAUGAAAUUCUUCCUCGAAGUUCGUCCAAACUCCUACCAUCACCACUUAGUAGUUCUCUUUAGGGCCACCGAGAGGGGGGAGGGAAUUACCCCGGGCCCCCACCUUAAUAGGGCCCAACUUGAGAACGAGAUCCUAAAAUUGAGUAGAUUCUUUAAAUUGGUCGAAGCAUUUUUGAAAUUGAGGGCCCCUUGCAGUAGCUCUACAUGCAGUCUAGCUAAGGUCUACUGUAUAGUUGGGUGACUGAUUUGGGUCUAGCUUAAAAAUAAUGAUGUCAUAGGGCUUCCAGAGACGAUUUGCCCCAGGCCCCGCGAAUUCUUUCGGCGGCCCUGGUUCUCUUAUACUUUUCUCUGUUUUCUUCCACAGACUAUGCUCCACUAUUACAGCUCUCACCGCCAGCUGGUGACUCCGACUACACGUUCAACCUCACAAGCUCAGAGGGUGUUUGUGAUCUCUUUGACAUUCCUAACUUAGCACAAUUUCCCAGCGUUUCAGCGACAUAGCAAACACUAAUCCGAGGCUGACCAACCCCAGAGCUGAGCUCCUAGCUCUUAUCGUAUGUAUACUUAUGACAGUGAGCUCUAUAUAUGUAACUAGAGUAAUAUCUUAGGUAUUUAAUGUAAGUGUAAAAUUGUAGGUAUUGGACGUCAUUCUGGUUAUUUUAUCUCACUUCCCAGAGCCUGAAAUAACAUUCAAAAUUUGUCCGCAAAAUGUCCAACCAAAAUGAAAUUUGAUGGGACACUAUCAAACUUGGUCGGACAUUUUUUCGAUUCCAUGUCAAGCACUAGCAAGUGUAGUUAAAUCUUUUGCAUUUAUUCUUUGUGGGAGGAUUGCAUGCAGCUUAUGGUUAACCCAGUCUUUCAAGAAAGUUGACUGCAAUAUUCUUUGUCCGGACAAAAUCUGGUCGGAAAAAUUGCGAUUUGGUCGGAAAAUGUCUGACCGUUAUUUCAGACUCUGCUUCUUACCAUAGUCGGGUAAUGUAACCUGGAAUCUGGUUAUAUUUGACCAGGGCGUCCUUGUUAAAAAAAAACCAACCUAUGUUAGUACCUAGGUGGAUAUACUGUAUAACCUGAGCCCAAGUUCUGGUCAAAUUAACCUUACUACAGUAAGAAAAAGGUUAAAAUAGCCAGCAAAUAGGCAAUUUCAGCUAUUAAUUUAUGCACUGCAGGGAAUGAUGGGAAGUAAGGUAUCAUAUUGCUGAUUAUGCUGAAAAAUUUCAAUACAAAUUGCCGAAACAACCGAAAUAUUUCAAUAUUUACAAGUAUAAGCUAUAUCACUGCGUGUUUACACGGCCGCCAUUUUUAUUUUUUCAGCAUAAUCAGCAAUAUGAUACCUUACUUCCCAUCCUCCCCUGCGCGCAUAAAUUAAAAGAUGGAAUUGCCUAUUGAACCAGGAAUAUCAGGUUAACGUUAACCCAUAUAGGGUUAUUUCUAGAUAAACCAGAAGGUUUUAGAGUGAAUGAGUGGAGCGAAACUGGCGUCCAAAUCAAUAUCAGCCAUCUUUGACUUUUCGUUUGGGCAAUUGAUUAAAGGUAGUACUCCAGUUAUAUAUAAAGAGAGCUCACUGACCUUGUGUUUUAACAAGUUGCAACUAAACCAACAAAGGGCAAACCUCUGAAGUUUAAGUAUAUUAUGAAGUUUUUAUAUAUGUACAUUUUGUUGUUAUGGUUGUAUAUUCUUUUGUAUAAGCUACGGUGCUUCUGUGCGGGUCAAACGGCCGAUACGAACGCGCGCGCGGUGGGUGUCCUUGGCGCCAAACACGUAAAAAUGGCGAAAAGUUUGGAUUCAAUGAGCCAAUUUUAAAGCCAGAAUAUUUAAAAUAAGAUUUUAGAAUAAAAGGAGUGAGAGGCCACUGGUCUAUUCACUUG